AUGACUUGCUUCAAACUGCCCAAGUCUCUAACUAAGCGGAUUCAAUCAGCGGUAACUCGUUUCUUGUGGGACGAUAGAACUGGGAAAAAGAAGAUGGCAUGGAUAGGUUGGGAUAAGCUAGCACAACCAAAAGGAAAAGGUGGCCUAGGACUUCGAGACUUUGAAAGCUUUAAUGAUGCCUUCCUAGGAAAGCUUAGCUGGAGAAUAAUAAACAACCCACAUGGAGUUCUUAGUCGUGUCCUCCUUGGCAAGUACUGCAUGGAAGGAAAGUUCAUGGACUGCCCCGAUCGAGCGUCUGAGUCGCAUGGAUGGAGAAGUAUAUUGGUGGGGCGUGAUCUGAUAAAGAAAAACCCAGGGUGGCUGGUAGGAGAUGGAACUCAAAUCGACUUGUGGUCGGACCCAUGGCUUAAUGUGUCACAGCAGGAGCAACUUAUGGGACCGCCUACGGAGACAACACUGAACUACAAAGUCUCUGCUCUGCUCACACAAGACUCGUCGGACUGGGAUAUAGAAAAAAUCAGAGAGAUAUGCCCAUUUGCAGAGAAACAGAUCUUAAAGAUAAAAACUAGUAGAUCAGGGGCUCCUGAUAAACUAUGUUGGAUGAGAACAAAAGAUGGGGAAUAUUCCACUAAGUCAGGCUACCAUGCGGCUUUUGAAGAGGCUAAUGAUGCAGAAAGGUUAGAGAUGUCCGGAAACUGGAACCAAGAGGUCUGGAACCUAAGCACGGCACCUAAAAUCAAAAUGCUAGUGUGGAAAGUGCUGAGAGGGGCUCUACCAGUGGGACAAGGCUAG